AUGUCUGUCGUAUUCCAUUCGGUUUCUUUCUUUCAUUUUUCGUUUAAUAUAAAAAAGCGAAAAAGAUUUUUUUUCUUUGCUUUCUUUUACAGAUUUAAGAAUUUCUUUUACCAUUUUUUUUAUUUAUUAUUCCUUCAGAAUUCAUUCAUUCUCUCUUUUUUGCUAUUGGUUUUUCUUUUACUGUUUUUUCAUUCAUUUUUCUUCUUUUCAGUCUUGUCUUUUUCUCCUGAUUUUCUUUCUUUUACUUAUCCUUUCUUUCUGGAAGAAAUGUUUAAUUCUGUUUGUUUUCUUUCUUCAUUUCUUUCUCUUGACUUUUCUUCUCUUUUCUUUAUCCUUUUUCCAUUCAUUUCAGUCGUUCUUCUGUUAUUCAUUCUUCUCCAUUUGGAAAAUUUCUUUCUUUCUCUUUCUUUUUUUUCUCUUAUCUUUUCCUUCAUUUUUUUCUUCUUGUUCUUAUUUGUUUCUUUUUUAUUCAUUUUUUCAUUCUUUUGCAAAACUUCUUUCUUUCUCUCUUUCUUUCUUGCCCUCAUUUAUUCUUCGAUUCCUUUUUUCUUUCUUUCUUUCUUUCUUUCUUUCUUUCUUUCUUUCAUUCAUUCUUUCUUUCUUUCUUUCUUUCUUUCUUUCUUUCUUUCUUUCUUUCCUGCCCUCAUUUAUUCUUCGAUUCCGUUUUUAUUUCUUUCUUUCUUUCUUUCUUUCUUUCUUUCUUUCUUUCUUUCUUUCCUGCCCUCAUUUAUUCUUCGAUUCCAUUUUUCUUUUUUUCUUUCUUUCUUUCUUUCUUUAUUUAUUUAUUUAUUUAUUUCACUUCAUCCUUUUUUCGUGUUUUUUUCGUUUUAUUUCUUUCUUUCUUUUUUCACUUCUGUCUUUCGUCGUUUCUCUCUUUCAGUUAAUUUUCUUAAAUUUCCUUUCUUUCUUUCUUUCUUUCUCAACUGCCUUUCUCCCUUUUUAAUAAGUUUUCCUUCAGUCAUUGUUCUUUCUUUCCUUCCUUCGUUAUUUCCUUCUUUCUUUUUUCACUUCUGCCUUUCUUUGUUUUGUUUUUUUCUUUUACUACUGCCUUUCUUCGUUUUUAAUAAUUUUCUUUCAGUCAUUCUUUUUUCCUUCCUUCCUUCGUUUUUUUUUCUUUUUGUUUUGCUUCCAUUCUUUGUUUCUUUCCUUUCUUUCUUCCUUUCUUUCUUUAUUUCUUUCUUUCAAUUAAUUUUCUUCAUUUUUUUCUUUCUCAGGUUUCUUUCUUUCUUUCACAACUACCUUUCUUCAUUUUUAUUAAGUUUUCCUUGUCUUUCUUCUUCCCUUUGUUCGUUCGUUAUUUCUUUCUUUUUUCUUUCUUUUUUUCUUUCUUUCUUUUUUCUUCAUAUUUUUUAUCCUAGCCACUUCUUUCUUUUUUUUCUUUCUUUCUUUCUUUCUUUCUUUCUUUCUUUCUUUCUUCACCAUUUCCUUGCUUUCUGUCUUUCUUUUCUUUCGUUUUUCUUUUCCUCCCAUCUUCCUCUCACCUUCAUUCAUCCAGACCCCUUUCUUUGA